CAGAGCAUCGUGGUAAACCAUGAAUGACAGGAAUUGGAUGACUGAGAAGAUCUUGGAUCUAACCUUGGAGAUCAUCUACCUGCUGACUGGAGAGGAUCUCAUGGUUGUAAAGAAGACCAGUAAUCAUGACUCGCCCAGAAGCAAUCCACAUGGAUCGGAGGGGUCACACAGGACAUUUAUCUCCAGCAUCCUACUUCCACCUCCUUCCCUGAUCCAUGAGAGAAACAAUAAUCAGAAGGUCCUGGAACUGACCAAUCAGAUCAUUGAGCUGCUGACUGGAGAGGUUUCUGUAAGGUGUGAGGAUGUCAAUGCCUCCAUGGAAGAGUGGGAGUAUAUAGAAGGACACAAGGAUCUCUACAAGGACAUAAUAAUUGAGAACCACCAUCCGCUUGAUAAAUGUAUACCUGAUGGAUUGUACACACCACUUGCUACAAGUAAAACUGUAACUAAAACCAAUGAUGGUAACGCAUCUAUUGUUAUCAACCAAGCAAAGCAAAGCGAGAUUAAAUCGGUAACAUUCAUGUCACAAGAAUCUUUGCCAUGUGAAGGAGGCAAUCUCACAGACAUUUGUACACUCACAGAACAUCCACAGAAAGAAUAUCCAUCUACUCAUAGUAAGGAGGAACCAGCCUCGUGUGAAGAAGGCAAUCUCACAGACAUUUCUACACCCACCGAACAUCCACAGAAAGAAUACCCAUCUUCUUAUAUUAAGGAGGAACCAGCCCCAUGUGAAGAAGGCAAUCUCACAGACAUUUCUACACUCUCGGAACAUCCACAGCCUGAAUAUCCAUCUCUUCAUAUUAAGGAGGAACCAGUCUCAUGUGAAAAAGGAAAUCUUACAGACAUUUCUACACUCUUGGAACAUCCACAGAUAAAAUAUCCAUCUAUUUAUAUUAAGGAGGAACCAGACUCAUGUGAUGAAGGAAAUCUCACAGACAUUGCUACAUUCUCUGAAGAUCCACAGACAGAAUAUCCAUCUAUUCAUAUUAAGGAGGAACCAGACUCAUGUGAAGAAGGCAAUCUCACAGACAUUGCUACAUUCUCUGAAGAUCCACAGACAGAAUAUCCAUCUACUCAUAUUAAGGAAGAACCAGCCUCAUAUGUAGAAGGCAACCUCAAAGACAUUUCUACAAACACUAAACAUACUGAGACAUAUGCUUCAAUUCAUUUUAAGGAAGAUUCUUCUUUACAUGAGUAUGGUUUUGUCACAGAUUCUCUCUCAGAACAAACACACAGAGUACAUCCACCAAGUAGGACUGAUGAAUGUUCUACCGGUGGAAAAGGAAAUCUCACAGUUGCUGAGAAGUCUACUGUUAUAUCUGAUUCAUCUAAACAUCAGGAGAUUCAGACUGAGAAAAAGCGAUAUCAGUGCCCUGAAUGUGGGAAAUGUUUUUUAUAUCCAUCAAAAUUAGUUUUACAUAAAAGAAUUCACACAGGGGAAAAACCAUUUAAAUGCACUGAAUGUGGGAAAUGCUUUAAUGUACACUCUAACCUUACAAAGCAUCAAAUUAUUCACAAAGGAGAAAAACCAUUUAAAUGCACUGCAUGCGGGAAAUGUUUCAAUUUACGAUCUAAUCUUAAUAGGCAUCAAAUUGUUCACAAAGGAGAAAACAACCAUUUAAAUGCACUGCAUGUGAGAAAUGUUUUAUUGGAAAGCAGGAUCUUCUCCGGCAUCAUCGUAUACACAAAUUAGAAAUACCAUUUAAAUGCACUGAAUGUGGAAAAUGCUUUGACCAGGUUCUACAUUUUAUUUCAUAAACAGACCAGAUGAAAAUCAUUUAAAUGCACCGUGUGAGAGGACUUAGUCAACAGUAUAUUCUUAAUAAGCAUCAGAAGAUUCAUACGGGAUAAUAAGGAAAUGUAGCCACAAUUUUCUUUUCCUGUAUAUAGCCAGAACAUCAUCACAAUAGGGUUAGCUCUGCCUACUUGGCUGUUAAGGUCAGGAAAUUAAAGCUAAUAAUACCCCUCCUUGCAGAUAGGGUUUCUGACGUUCCACAUCUCUGAAUAAAUAAUAGUUCUAAAGGAGGAAGUUCAUGCUGCCGUGGAUGUAUCCAGGAACAGAAAAUCCAGACGAAGACAACAGGACAAUGAAUCCUCUAACCCAAAUCAAAUAAUUGGCAUCUUUACAAAUCCAACCCUUAUGUCAAGUUCAUGUACAGGGAGCACGUGUUAAUUGGCAGUAGAGCUUAUGGCAUAGGGGGACCAGAUGAAACAGGGAUAGAUUCAAGUCCUAGGCCACUUAUAGCAACAAGCAUGAUUAAAUGACUGGAACAGGCUGACAGAAGAAGACUUUGAAAUAGUUAAAACUCAAUGUGUCUCAGAGUUCAGAGACAGGAACAUUCCUAACUUUAAUUAGAUCUUCUUCCUUAAAGUAUGUUUGAUUUAAAUGAAACAUUCGCUCUGGGUCUGAGACACCAAAUGCUAGAUACAGGAAACCUAAUUUAUCCUGAUAACCAGGCAUGGUUUGCUAUGUUCAGUGCACAAGGAAAUGUCUUAUGGUCUGUCGGUAAUAUAAUAAACAAAUCUGUAUUUAUUUGAUAGUAAACUCUUCUAACACAAGGUUUGAAGAAUAAAGACUUUCCAACAGA